ACUGUCAGAAACAAGAUUUAGUCUUUGUUUUUAUAUGUAUUUGUGUGUGUGUGUUUGUAUGUCACAUAUAAAUUCAUUUCCAUGAUCCUAUUUCAUCUCAAACACAUUAACAUUUCAUUACCAGAGGACUGUAUGUAUACAUUUACAUAGAGAGAAAAAGGAAAAGAAAGAGAAAUGGAGACAAAUGUUGAUAUAGAAUGUGAUGGAGGAAAAAUGGAGAGAAAUGGAUCAGGUUAUGAAGAAAGAAUGAUGAAUAGACAACCUCUUCUUUCGAAAAACAGAGUUAAUACGUCGUCCCAGAUCGCCAUUGUUGGUUCUAAUGUUUGUCCUAUCGAGUCCCUUGAUUACGAGAUUCUUGAAAACGAUCUUUUUAAGCAGGACUGGAGGUCUAGAAAGAAGGUGCAGAUAUUUCAGUAUGUUGUGUUGAAGUGGACACUAGCCUUAUGUAUAGGAAUAAUCACAGGGCUUGUGGGCUUUUUUAAUAAUCUUGCAGUAGAGAAUAUUGCCGGUUUCAAGUUUCUUCUCACUAGCCAGCUUAUGCUUCAGCAAAGCUAUUACUUGGCAUUUGCUACAUUUGCUGGCAUUAACCUGCUUCUUGCGUUCUGUGCUGGAGUUCUUUGUGCUUAUGUUGCCCCUGCAGCAGCGGGGUCUGGUAUACCUGAAGUUAAAGCUUAUCUCAAUGGAAUAGAUGCACAUUCUAUUCUCGCUCCAAGUACACUCUUCGUAAAGAUCUUUGGAUCCAUACUUGGUUGUGCUGCUGGAUUUGUCGUGGGGAAGGAAGGACCUAUGGUGCACACUGGGGCUUGCAUAGCGAAUUUACUUGGUCAAGGAGGUUCACGCAAGUACCAUUUGACAUGGAAUUGGCUUAGAUACUUUAAAAAUGACAGGGACCGAAGGGAUCUAAUCACCUGUGGAGCUGCAGCUGGUGUUGCAGCCGCCUUCCGUGCCCCAGUUGGUGGUGUCCUUUUUGCUCUUGAAGAAGCAGCCUCUUGGUGGCGGAGUGCGCUUCUAUGGAGAACCUUUUUCACCACUGCGGUUGUAGCUGUGGUGUUGAGAUCUCUCAUUGAAUAUUGUAGAAGUGGAAACUGUGGACUAUUUGGGGAAGGUGGUCUCAUCAUGUUUGAUAUCAACAGCACAAUACCGGACUAUAAUAUGGUGGACCUUUUGGCCGUUACAUUACUUGGAGUUGGUGGAGGAAUCUUAGGAAGUUUAUACAAUUUUCUCGUGGACAAGGUCCUCCGUACUUAUAGCAUUAUCAAUGAGAAAGGUCCUAAUUUUAGGGUAUUUUUGGUUGUUAUCAUUUCGCUUCUAACCUCUUGUUGUGCUUAUGGUAUUCCCUGGCUCUCAAAUUGUGUCCCAUGCCCCACUGGCUUACAGGUACAAUGCCCAACAGAAGGGCGUUCAGGGAACUACAAACACUUCCAAUGUCCACCUGGUCACUAUAACGAUCUUGCCUCCCUUAUACUCAACACUAAUGAUGACGCCAUUCGCAGCUUAUUUAGUUCCAUAAAUGAAAAUGAAUUCCGCAUAACUACCCUUCUUGUUUUCUUUAUGGUCAUGUAUUCCCUCGGUAUCAUAACUUAUGGCAUUGCAAUUCCUUCUGGACUCUUCAUUCCCGUUAUUCUUGCUGGAGCGUCUUAUGGUCGUUUUGUUGGCACACUACUUGUUUCCGUCUCAAAUCUUAAUAUAGGCCUUUUUGCUCUCCUUGGGGCCGCCUCUUUUUUAGGUGGUACGAUGAGGAUGACUGUCUCACUUUGUAUCAUACUUCUUGAACUCACAAAUAAUCUCAUAAUUCUUCCGUUAGUGAUGCUUGUUCUGCUUAUCUCAAAAUCAGUGGCUGAUAACUUUAAUAAGGGUGUUUAUGACCAAAUAGUGAAAAUGAAGGGGUUACCUUUUCUUGAAGCCCAUGCUGAACCAUACAUGAGACAGUUGGUUGCAGGUGAUGUUGUUUCUGGACCGUUGAUUUCAUUUUCUGGCGUUGAAAAAGUUAGUAACAUAGUACAUUCUCUAAGGCUAACUUCACAUAACGGUUUUCCUGUCAUUGAUGAGCCCCCUUUUUUGGAAGCCCCGGAACUUUGUGGGGUUGUUUUGAGGUCUCAUUUGAUUGUUUUACUUAAAGGAAAGAUGUUUACUAAAGAUAGACGCUUGACUGGAACCGAAAUGUUAAGAAGGUACCAUGCGAAUGAUUUUGCUAAAGCUGGUUUAGGAAAGGGCCCAAAGUUAGAAGAUUUGGAUGUAAAGCCGGAAGAGAUGGAUAUGUAUGUUGACCUGCAUCCGAUUACUAAUACAUCACCGUACACUGUUGUAGAGACAAUGUCUCUAGCAAAAGCUGCUGUGGCUUUCAGGGAGCUUGGACUUAGGCACCUGUGUGUGGUACCAAAGACUCCUGGAAGACCACCAAUUGUCGGUAUCUUGACGCGCCAUGACUUCAUGUCCGAGCACAUUUUGGGACUCUACCCGGGCAUUGACCAACACAAAUAGAUGGACAAGGCGCGGAUCACACCAUGAUCAUCAUACCACAAUCUAGGGGUAAAGUUAUAUCAUCUCAUUGAGUGAUGAAUCAUGCAAACAUAUUCUUUAAAUAUUUUAGUAUAUGAUUCAACUGACCUCAUAACUUUUAUUAAUGAUUGUGAAAUACAAUCAACAUAGAUGGAAUUUUUAUGUUUAGUUUUAAAGUUUUUUAGAUACAAAUGUAAUAGGAAAUAAUUUAUAAUAUAUAGAAAGAAUAAAGAAACAAAAUAUCGAUGUUUUGACUAGUGAACUAUUUUUCAAGUCAUACGAUAUGAAUCUUUUAUCAUUUUAUGCA